UCUUCUGGUCUCAAAGCUUUUUUUCUUCAAUUAUACAAGAUUCUUGAUUGCUAAAAUCAGUGAGCUUCAGAGAACACAUCAGCUAUACAGAGACUUGUGACAAAAAAUGCAGCAGUCAUCAGACUGCUCCCUGCAGCCCAUUCAACUGGGGUUAGAGGGGAUUACGCCAGACUCGGGUCAACUAGAAACCAUCUAACUACACCAAAGCACCCGUUUUCCAAAACAAAACAAACAUUUAUUUCACGUUCAGAUUUGAGAUUCGUGGAUUUCUUUAAUGUAAUAAUGUAACCAUACUAAAUUUAGAACUCCUUUUUUAAAAUCACAUUUCCUAUAAAUUGAUAUUUACUACAAAACAGUUCAAACACUAAUUGAACUAAUUAACAAACCGGUUUGCUUUGCUAGCUUGUGUGCUUCGGCCGUAAACAGCUAAACGUCAGGCAUCAGGUUUGUUAGCCGUCAUAAUAUCCAUCCGCGAAAAGACACAAACGGGCGAAACUUUUAACAAAAUUUUGAAGUUGUGCAGACAUGGUGGGUUUCGACCCUGGAGCAAAGGAGGCUGCUAUCUCCCCGAAAGAAGCCGUGUUGGCCGGUUCGGCUGCUGGGAUGGUUACCAGAGCUCUCAUCAGUCCCUUUGACGUGGUAAAAAUACGAUUUCAGCUACAGAUCGAGCGUGUGUCUGCACUCAGACCGGAGGGGAAAUAUGCAGGACUAUUUCAGGCCUUUCGCUGCAUUUACUCAGAGGAAGGACUCUCUGCCUUCUGGAAAGGUCACGUUCCAGCACAGCUCCUAUCCAUCUGUUAUGGUGCUGUCCAGUUUACCAGUUUUGAAGUCCUAACAAAAAUGGUCUACAAGUUGACGCCUUAUGACAGCCAGUCAGCAGGAGUUCAUUUUUUCUGUGGCGGUCUGGCAGCCUGCUCAGCCACGGUGGUUUGCCAGCCUCUGGACACACUGCGGACGCGCUUUGCCUCUCAGGGAGAACCAAAGGUGUACAGGAACCUGCGGCAUGCUGUAAGCACCAUGUGGCGCACAGAGGGGCCGCUGACAUUUUUUCGCGGAUUAUCUCCAACUUUGGUUGCCGUAUAUCCUUACGCAGGAUUGCAGUUCUUCUUCUACAACGUCUCCAAGAAAUGGCUAGGUCCUCCAUCCAAAGGUGGAGAUUCAGGAGGAAGUCUGAAAAGCCUGGUGUGUGGCAGUGGCGCUGGUGUGAUCAGCAAAACCAUCACAUACCCUUUUGACUUGUUCAAAAAAAGACUACAGGUGGGAGGCUUUGAGGCUGCCAGAGCUCGCUUUGGGCAGGUUCGGCGGUACAGUGGUCUGAUGGACUGCAUGUUUCAGAUAGCCAAAGAAGAGGGCUUUCGGGGUUUCUUCAAAGGUCUUUCUCCCAGUCUUGUAAAGGCUGCACUCUCAACAGGCUUUACAUUUUUUUGGUACGAGUUCUUCAUUAAUUUAAUUCAUAACGUUGAGAGGAGGCGAACAACAUCAGAGCCCGCCAAAGACUGAAAGGACAGACCAGGGAAAUGCCAAAGGAUCAAUCACGCACAUUUAAAAUGCACUUACAGCGCCUUGUGUGCUUGCACGGAACAAACCCAUCAACUUCGUUGGUAAUGGUUCCCUGUUUGUUUACAUGUACAGAUGGGAAAACCUUCAGAUUAAAAGGAAAACUAAAAGUCGAGCAUUUUUGAUCAAUACAAGCAGAGCAUUUUACAUCCUGAUUUUCCAUGAAUAUCUUGCAUAUUAUUUAUUCGCAAAACUAAAUAUUCUCAGCUUUUAUUUUGAAGUUUGCACUUUGAACUCUAACUUUUGUUUGAGGGGUCAGAUUUUGACCCUUGUGGACUUGCUCGACAGAAAAAAGAAAUAAAGUUCAGAGUUAUCUUGUAGGUGCAGAUAUUAAAAAGAUAUAAUGUUAAAGAUUUUUUCAAAACAUAUGCUUAGACACCUGAGUAUGUCUUAAAUUUAACAUAUGCUUGGUAACCAGUAGUAGUCUGCAGUUGUGCCGAGGUGUGUGUCUGUUACAGGGGUUUCUCGGGUCAUCUAUGUCAAACGGAAGUUUGUUAAAAUAACGGCUUCCUAAAAGUGGCAACAUGGCAGCCAUGAAUCAGAAAGUAGAGCAGGGGUUGUUUUGACUCGGGGGCCACAUAGGGUUCUAAAACUAGAUAGAAGGGCCGGACCAGGAACAGAUGCGUGGAGUGAGAAAGAAAUACCAUGGAAUCUGGAUGAAAACAUUUGGAUUGAAAAUUAUAUUUUAAAACAGAAUAUUUUAGAGUUUUUAGGUUAAAACUUUUGUUCUCAAUUUAGAGCCAAUUGCACCAAUGGCUUGAUGGAUGGCUUAGAGAAAUGCUGCGUUCAUGUGGUGUUUGAAUGAUAGGAAGAAUGAAAAACACCAAAUCUUCAAACACCACAUGGAUGCUAGAGCGGGUCCCCAAAUAUUUUUUCGUGAGGGCCACAAGAACUCUUUUUUUUUUAAACUUCUUUUAUCUUUCUUUUAUUGUAAAGCCCUAAAAUAAAGUUUUAUUAAUUCGUGAUCAUUUUAAUAAAAUAAAUAAAGCUUUUUAUAAAAUAAAGAAAAUGACCAAAUAAUUGAUUUUCAAAGACAAAAAGUCAGGAAAAAAUAUACUGAUAUAUUUAAAAGAGAACCAGUAAAUAAUGGAUCCUCUCCCGUCUUCGUCCCGCUGAGACUUAGAGCACUGCAGUUCCUCACAGGUCUCACAGUUUGCGCUCAAACUGAGCAGCUGCGCUGUGUCCUGCACGUCUGUUUCUCAUCCAGUAAUAAUGAAAAAGCACAUUUCUAUGUGCUGCAGCGAAGCAUAUAUCUGCAUUACCUUUUCACCAGUACAGAGUUCCCUCGUUUAUUGAGUUAUCUUCUAAAAAUAACCCGUGAUCGUGAAAUCCACAGAGUCAGAUUACAGACGUUCAUGGCAGUAAAACUCCUCACUGCCUAAAUACACUUUUCUCAGACAGACGUGAACAUUUUCUCCCUUUUCUCUCUUGUUUAAAUUCUCGAACCUUCAUAGAAAUUAGGUCCAGAAUCUUAGAAUGAAAACAACGAUCUGAUCUUUAUCAAAUAUUUCUGUAGAUCUGAAGAGCUCCGCGUUUCUGUACAGGAGACACGGCACGGGGGAGAUUGAUUGACAAGGUCUCCAGCCAAUCAGGACAAAAAACAGGGGGCGCUGUUUAAAAAGAACAGCAUAACCGCUCUAAAAGAAUGAGCUAAACCAGGAAAGAUGAACUGCAAAAUUGAAAGGGAAGACUGUCUUCUGUUCUGUUUGACAGGGAUUUUAGAGGAUUUCAGGUUGGAGAACAGACUGCAGAAGGGUGGAAUAAAAUGUCACGUUCUAUGCAGGUUUUGAUCGUGUGGCCAGAUAAAAAUAAGAAACACGGGUCUCUGAUAUUGAUUGGACCAAACAUGGAGGCGGGCCGGAUCCAGCCCGCGGGCCGUAGUUUGCCCACCCCUGAAGUAGAGGGAUUCUCACACACAGUCCAAACUUGCAAAACUGAAGACUUAUUGGAACAUUUUGGCAUUCAGGCUUUCAUGUGGUAAACAGUUUCAAGGCUUCUAGAUACCAUCUUGAUUAGGAAGUGACUGUUUGGCUAUUAGAAUAAGACCUUUAUGAACAAGAGUUGUAAAUCGGGAACUAUUUGAAUGCGGCUAAACCAAAAACCCUAGUGAAAAGGGUUGUAUACAGAGAAUGUAGGAACUAUGGAGUCUUUAAAACCCCAAAUCUUUAGAAAUGUUGCAUAAAACCGGGAGCUUAUUGUUCCAACAUUUGCUAACUUAUACUACGCUGAAGCAUCCCAAAAAGAGACGGAAGAGAUGCAACAUAAAUACUUUGAUAAAGUGGAGACAAGACAGGUCAAACAUAGCUCCCAUUGAAGAUCACAACCAACCAGGAACCCCAUUAGCUGACCACCAAGGUUAGGACAAGUACCUUAUGAAAGACUACUAGAGGACUAACAUACAAUCCCAACGACAACCAUCACA